UUCCGCAUUCAGUCAGUUUCAUAAUGAUCCCUUGCAUAGCAGGUCGUACCAGAGUUACCUGGUCGGGCGCAACAAUAGUAGUGAAACGAUGACUACAAUAGUUUGAUAUGGGUUUUCUUUCCAUCUUUUACCGGAACAGUUCAACAGCCGACGAAGAUUUGAAUACUUUGAUGCGCUCAAAGACCCUAAGCAGAACCCCUGGGCUAGUUUGAUGACAAGCUAGGCUAGAAGAUGAGGAGGAGUCUAAAUGACUGUUUCGUCUUUGACGUAUUGACCCGUCUACUGUUGUUUGCAGUGUUCUGUGUGACGGAGGUGCUACCUCCUUUCUCUCGUGAGAUCCAGCCAGAGGAGAUGUGGCUCUACAAGUUCCACCAUGUGGAGAAUGACCACGUUCCUACCAAACUCAUGUUUAGCAUAGCACUUUUCACCCCUAUGGCUGUCAUCAUGUUGUUUGCCUUCCUGAACAAGACAGAGAAGAGGGACAUUAAGGAGGCCUCUCUGGCUGUGACGUUGACUCUGGUACUCAAUGGGGUUUUCACCAACGCUAUCAAAUUGGCAGUGGGCAGGCCACGGCCUGAUUUCUUCUACCGCUGUUUCCCUGAUGGUCAGAUGAACACGGAGCUGCGAUGCAGUGGAGACCCCGACACCGUAGAGGAGGGGAGGAAGAGCUUCCCUAGCGGACACUCCUCAUUUGCCUUUGCUGGUCUGGGCUUCACUGCUCUGUAUGUGGCGGGGAAGCUGCACUGCUUUAGUCCUGUAGGACGGGGCAAAGCCUGGCGACUCUGUGCCUUCCUCGCCCCUCUCCUCUUUGCCAUCCUCAUCGCCAUUUCCAGGACCUGCGACUACAAGCAUCACUGGCAAGAUGUCCUGGUGGGCUCUCUGCUGGGGUUGGUGUUUGCCUGUCUGGGCUACUGGCAGCACUACCCGUCUCUCAGUGACUCAGACAGCCACAGGCCCCUGCUGCACAGGGAAGUAGUCCCGGCGGCACAGGAGCGCAAGCAGCAGGAGCAGCAGGCCCAGCAAGCCAACUCAGGAUACCUUCUGCCUCUGACCAAUUGUAUAGAAGUGAAAGGACCUCCACGGUUACGUUGGAUCACAAGUAAGGGGACAUGCUAGCAAUCUCGGUUUUAUAAAUCUAUGACUAAUCCAAAUCUAAUGAGAAAAUUAAUGAAUCAUAUGGAGUCUUUCUUGAUCACUUAAGAUGCCAAAAUUCUCCUUUUUUAAUGCACUUACAGAUACUGUAUGUAUAGUACGUUGUUUACAAUACUGUGCCAAUAAAGUUUGUUACCAGGGAA